AUGAAGUGCAGUCCCGAGGAGAGACUGAAGCAACUGGAAGGCGCCGUCAUGGAGCUGGUGGAGCAGAGCUCCAUUUCCGCAUCCAAGCAGCAGUACAAGCUGGCUUUGGACCAGGCCAAGGACGCCGUCGCCAAGGAGAGGAACCUGUCGCGGCAGCGAGAGCAGGCAGCCUCCGAGGUUCCACCGAACCUUGACCUCAUGUACUGCGCGCUGUUCAACCUCGCCGUGCAGUACACGAACAACCAAAUGUACACCGAGGCUCUCAGCACAUACCAACUCAUCGUCAAGAACAAGGCCUUCUCCAACGCAGGUCGCUUAAAGUUGAACAUGGGCAACAUCUACUUCUACCAAGGAAACUACCCUAAAGCCAUCAAGUUCUUCCGUAUGGCACUGGAUCAGGUGCCGAACACCCAUAAGGACAUGAGGUUGAAGAUCAUGAAGAACAUCGCGUUGGCCUUCGUGCGCAUGGGCCAGCUGGUGGAUGCUGUCACCUCGCUCGAGUACAUCAUGGCCGAGCGGGCAGACUUCCGCACAGCGUUGCACCUGGUCGUCUGUCAGUAUCACCUCGCCGUCGGCGCGGCAGUGGGUGGCGGAGCAGACAAGGUUCGCCGAAGCUUUCUCAAGCUGCUCGACGUGGCCCCAGAGCAGAUCGACGAGUUCGACAAGUACGAGCCGUCCCAGGGUGACCCAGCCGAGAUGCUAUACUAUGAGGAGAUAAAAAAUGACUCGUUACAGCAGAUCGAGCGGGAGAGAAGACAGGAAGCCGAAUGGUGCAUCUCAACAGCCGCCAAGCUCAUCGCCCCUGUGAUAAGCAGUUCGUUUUCUGAAGGCUACGAGUGGUGUCUGGAGCAAAUCAAAUCAUCCGCUUACGCCUACAUCGCGAACGAUCUGGAAAUUUGCAAGGCUGUCGCUUACCUGAGGAAACGGGAAUUCAAUCAGGCAAUCGAAACACUGAAGGCCUUCGAGAAAAAGGACACGAAGGUUGCCAGCACUGCCGCCACGAACCUCUCGUUCCUGUACUACUUGGUGAAGAGUCCCACAGAAGUCCUUAGCGGGACCGUACAGUUCUUCACGAGGAGGCAUGCUAUUAUUAGCAUCGUGGUGGGCGCCACUGUCUUCUUGGCGGUGACUGGCUUUCUUCUCAUACACGUGUCAACCACCCCGAGGCGCAAGGAAGACCUGUGCAUCACAGACGACUGUCUCUUGCACGCAAGACUGCUCAUGCGCGCCGCAGAGCCCAGCAUUAACGCCUGCGACGAUUUCCGCGCCCACGUCUGCUCCAACUGGUCGCCACAGCAACAGAACAAACACUUGAAGGACUUCGACGGGUCCGCGAUGGAAGACAUGGUCUACUCUUGGUUUUCUGGCAUGAGUGCAACUCUGCACAAAGGUUCCCAGGUGUACCCCGCUGGCAGAAAGCCACUGGCCAUGUUGGAGUCUUGCAUGAGAGGAAACGUCGAUGCCCUUCGCAUGCUCAUCAAGCUCGCCUAUAUCUUACAAGCUCCAUUCUGGUUUGCAGUGCGACCGAGCAUGGCGCGCCGAGGAGCAGAGGAAGGCAGGUGGAGCAUCUUGCUCACACCGGCGCCUCUGAUCAACCAAUAUUUUCGUCAGCACCGUCUUGUGAGAGGCAGCGGGCCGUCCGCCUAUGUAAAGUACUGGAUGGAUUUCUACGGCGCUUUCUCCAGCGACGGCGCAGUAGGCAGCGAGGAGCGUGCGAUCCAAGCAGAGCAGCUGGAAGGAAAAAUUCUGAAAGCGCUGAGCGACGCCGUCGCGGCGUUACCAAAACAUGCCGUGGUACUUCCUAUCGGCCAACUGGCGACAUACACGCCGGCUGUGAGUUCGUCCCGAUGGCUGGCGCACCUGCAGAGCAUCGUCGAGCUCAAGCCGGUGCUAAGUUCGCGAGACGUUGCACUCAUCACCGACAGAGCGUUCUUCGUUACUGUCGGGGAGAUAUUCAAGAACUACACGAACAAGCAGGUAUUGGAGUUCCUGGAGUGGCAGUUUGUCCAGCAUUACGCGCCAGUGGUGGACAGCAAAUUUCUGAUAUCUAUGUAUGGUGACAAUAGCACAGCCGUGAGUUUGCGAACCGCCUUCUGCAGCUACCACGUGGAGGUGCCGUACAAGGCGCUCAUUCUGUCCCUGCACUUUGCUUCGCAGAUAAAAAACAGUGUUCAGCAAAUAAUCGACGCCGGCUACAAGCGUCUCGUGUCGACGGCCGUUCGGCUCAUCAACGAGUCUUCGUGGCUCGACUCGGAAAGCAAGGCGGUGGCGGCUGAAAAGCUCGCCUCUGCCAAUUUGCGGCUCUGGCCUCCCGCCGCAUUCAUGGACAGCGAAAACUUGGCAAGGACAUUUAGCCGUUUUCCGGAUUCAGAACCAGCGUUCGGGGAAUACUGGAUCGAGUCCAUCAUAAGCAUGAUUAAUCUAAAUAGGACGCCAGAAUACGAGGAAGUGCUCGACAUGCCACUAAACUAUGCACUGCCCUAUUUCGAUUACGACUACGUGGAGAACGCCGUUGGUGUCGCCAUCGGCGCAGUCGACAUUCCUUUGUUCUACAGCAGAGGCACCAAGGCCAUGUUCUACGGAGGAUUCGGGUUUUCUGCGGCAUUGCAGCUUGCAAAGGCCCUCGAUGAGGAGGCUCUCGUGAACAAAGGGAACUGCUGCUUCGCGAACAAUGACUUGGACCGGGCGGUCGAGUACUACCGAGAGGCCCUGACCACAGAGGCCAGCUGCGUCGAGGCUUUAUAUAACCAAGGACUUGCCUACCAGAAGCUGGGUUCACUGGAGGAGGCCCUGGACUGUUUUUUCAAGCUGAGGGCGAUCAUCAAGACCAUCCCGCAAGUGCUGCACCAGAUUGGCCGCACGUAUGAGCUGCAGGGAAACAUGGAUGAAGCUUUGGAAUGGUACCAGCAGUUGGUGACACUAGUGCCUACAGACCCAAACCUGCUCUCGAAGAUCGGCGACAUUUACGACUCUCAAGGGGAGAAGCAGCUAGCCUUCCAAUACCAGUCGGAUUCCUACAGGUAUUUUCCGUCGAACAUCGACGUCAUCGACUGGCUGGGGGCGUACUACAUCGAGUCGCAGCUUUACGAGAAGGCCAUCAAGUACUUCGAAAAGGCGGCCAUUAUUCAGCCCAGCCAGGUAAAGUGGCCCCUUCUGGUGGCCAGUUGCCAUCACAAGAGUGGGAAUUACCAACAAGCACUCGCCACCUACAGGAGCCUGCAUCGGAGGUUUCCCGACAACGUCGAAUGUUUGCGCUUUCUGGUGAGACUCACCAACGAUCUGGGCCUCAGCGAGUCUGCCGAGUACGCGGCCAAGCUGAAGAAGGCUGAGAAGGCGAAGGAGAUGAAGGAGCAGCGCUCAAGCAGCAGUGGAAGUAGAAGCGGAAGCCAUCGAAGCAGCGGUCGCCUAUCCAGGGAUGGUUCCGCCAGCAGCAGUACCAGCAUCCAGUCCGAGCCGGCGAUGUCAAAAGCUAGAGCGUCCACUACCAGCGGUAGAGCUCGUGCCAAGAUACCACUGGUUGAAGCCGAAGAGGCGUACCAGACGUCACCCAGGGAUAUAGACGCUUCGUACGAGGACCCGCUUGGACCCUUGGAGGAGAGGCCCCGUACCGCAGCAAGGACAAGACACCAGGUCGAGGACGACUUCGACAACGAGGAACUCGGGGACGACAUGCUGCCUGAGUGAACCGAUCGAUGGCGCCAAGGUCGCAAAUGUUUAGGAAGGGUGGGAUCAUUCAUAGAUGACAAACGGCGGAGCGUGACAUCACUGCAACAUUUCGCUCGUGAAAAUAGAGAAAUGUAUCUGUCCUGUACUUACUCGGAGGGCAAGAUUGAUACACGUGGCCGAGUUCUCGAAUGGCCAUUAGGAAAGAUUG